UUCUUCUUUUGACUAGUUGUACUUUUACAGGCUCCGGUACUCUCUCUCUCUAAACUCUUUCUCUCUCCUCUGUCCCCCUCCAUCCCCCGCUUCGGCGUCGUCGCCGGAACCCACAUUCUUCGCCGGAAAUUCUCCUCCGGCGCCGAGAAACACCCUCUUCUCACUCUCCAACCGAACCGGGUCUCUAUCGAACCGUUUUUUUUUGUUUCCUCGCCCGGUCCAAGUCGCUGCAUGAGUUGAAAAGCUUACGUCUUUGACUUGGAAUUGCGAAUGGGGCUAGUGGGGUUUCGGGUUCUGUGAAGAGGAACAGAUCCGAAAGUAUUUUUUUUUGGCAUUUUGAGUGGGAAUAAGAAGUGGGUUUUGUGUUUUCUGAGAGAGAAAAAAACACGUUGAGGUUGAGGUUUAUGAUGUACGGAACUGUGUGCAGCGAUCGCAGAGGGUGGUGGCGUUUUGGUGAAUCUCUCACAUGGAAUGGCAGAUCUUGUUAGCUACAGGAAUGCCGACCGUGACAUCGACCAAGCAUUGAUUGCUUUGAAAAAGGGUGCUCAACUACUUAAAUAUGGUCGUAAGGGAAAACCUAAGUUUUGUCCGUUUAGACUUUCCAAUGAUGAAUUGUCUUUAAUCUGGAUAUCCAGUAGUGGAGAAAGAAAUCUGAAGCUAUCUUCUGUCUCAAGAAUUAUUCCUGGACAAAGAACUGCUGUUUUCCAACGAUAUCUGUGUCCUGAGAAGGACUAUCUAUCUUUUUCACUUAUUUAUAACAACGGGAAGCGAUCCCUUGAUUUGAUUUGCAAGGAUAAAGUUGAGGCAGAAGUGUGGAUUGCUGGUCUCAAGGCACUGAUAUCUUCCGGUCAAGGUGGGCGUUCCAAAAUUGAUGGAUGGAGUGAUGGAGGCCUAUAUCUUGAUGACAGUAGAGACUUGACAUCAAAUAGUCCUAGUGAAAGUUCAGCUAGUGUUUCACGUGACAUCAGUUCUCCUGACGUUUCUGUUAGUCUGGCAAAUACUUCUCCACAAUCCUUUUACUUUGAGAGUACCUUAAAUAUUGAAAGGUCACAUGCACCAUCAAACCCAUCAAAUAUGCAAGUGAAAGGAUCUAGUUCAGAUGUUUUUCGUGUUAGUGUCUCAAGUGCCCCCAGCACAUCCAGUCAUGGGUCUGCACCCGAUGAUUAUGAUGCUCUUGGGGAUGUAUACAUAUGGGGGGAGGUUAUCUGUGAGAAUGUUGUGAAAGUUGGUGCUGAGAAAAGUGCUAGUUAUUUUAGCCCAAGGACAGAUAUUCUCCUCCCCAGGCCACUGGAGUCCAAUGUGGUUUUAGAUGUGCUUCAAAUAGCAUGUGGUGUUAAACAUGCUGCUCUUGUCACAAGGCAAGGUGAACUUUUUACAUGGGGUGAAGAGUCUGGAGGACGCCUUGGCCAUGGUGUUGGGAAGAAUGUGAUUCAACCUCGUCUAGUUGAAGCAAUGGCUUCCACAACUGUUGAUUUUGUUGCCUGUGGGGAGUUCCAUACCUGUGCUGUUACAAUGGCUGGGGAACUAUAUACAUGGGGUGAUGGUACUCAUAAUGCCGGGCUUCUUGGUCAUGGCACUGAUGUUAGUCAUUGGAUACCGAAGAGAAUUGCAGGUCCACUAGAGGGGCUUCAAGUUGCUUUAGUCACUUGUGGUCCGUGGCACACAGCCUUGAUAACUUCAACUGGGCAGCUCUUCACAUUUGGUGAUGGAACAUUUGGUGUCCUAGGCCAUGGAGAUAGGGAAAAUGUUUCAUAUCCUAGAGAAGUAGAAUCCUUAUCUGGGUUGAGGACAAUAGCUGUUGCUUGUGGAGUUUGGCAUACUGCAGCUGUUGUAGAGGUUAUUGUGACACAAUCAAGUGCUAGUGUAUCAUCAGAUAAAUUGUUUACAUGGGGCGAUGGAGAUAAAAAUCGCCUUGGACACGGAGACAAGGAUGCCCGGCUUGAACCAACUUGUGUAUCUUUACUUAUUGAUUCCAAUUUUCAUAGAAUUGCUUGCGGGCACAGUUUGACAGUAGGCCUGACAACAUCCGGAGAAGUUUUUACAAUGGGAAGCUCUGUUUAUGGUCAGCUUGGGAAUCCCCAGUCCGAUGGAAAGGUGCCAUGUUUGGUUAAAGACAAGCUUGCAGGAGAAUCCGUUGAAGAAAUUGCAUGUGGGGCUUAUCAUGUUGCUGUUUUAACUUCCAAAAAUGAAGUUUACACUUGGGGGAAGGGUGCAAAUGGGAGAUUGGGUCAUGGAGAUGUUGAAGAUCGAAAAACACCGACUUUAGUUGAAGCCUUGAAAGAUAGACAUGUGAAAUAUAUCGCAUGUGGUUCGAACUACUCUGCCGCCAUAUGCCUUCAUAAGUGGGUAUCCGGUGCUGAGCAGUCUCAGUGCUCUGCUUGUAGACAGGCAUUUGGGUUCACUAGAAAGAGACACAACUGUUAUAAUUGUGGACUCGUGCACUGUCAUUCAUGUAGUUCUAGGAAAGCAUUAAGAGCUUCCCUUGCUCCUAAUCCUGGGAAGCCCUAUCGUGUUUGUGAUUCUUGUUUCGUAAAAUUAAUCAAGGUUGCAGAAUCGGGCAAUAAUAAUCGGAGGAAUGCUAUGCCUCGUUUGUCAGGUGAAAACAAGGACAGAUUAGAGAAGUCUGAGCUAAGAUUGACCAAGACAGCAGUCCCUUCUAAUAUGGAUUUGAUAAAGCAGCUUGAUAGUAAGGCAGCAGCCAAACAGGGGAAGAAGGCUGAUACAUUCUCUCUGGUUCGCACCUCACAACCACAAUCUUUGCUACAGCUCAAAGAUGUUGUCUUGUCUACUGCUAUUGAUUUGAAGCGAACAGCUCCAAGACCUGUUCUGACACCAUCUGGAGUGAGUUCCAGGUCUGUAUCCCCUUUCUCUAGAAGACCAAGCCCGCCUCGUUCAGCUACACCUAUUCCAACAACAUCGGGACUUUCCUUCUCUAAAAGUAUUACUGAUAGUUUGAAGAAAACAAACGAACUUUUGAAUCAGGAAGUGUUGAAGUUACGCGGUCAGGUUGAGACCCUGAGACAGAGAUGUGAACUGCAAGAAUUGGAGCUUCAAAGGUCAACAAAAAAGACUCAGGAAGCUAUGGCACUGGCUGCCGAGGAAUCUGCCAAAUCUAAGGCUGCAAAGGAAGUUAUAAAGUCACUUACAGCACAGCUCAAAGAUCUGGCUGAGAGGCUUCCUCCCGGUGCUUAUGAUGCUGAAAACAUCAGACCAGCUUACCUGCCAAAUGGUCUGGAGCCAAAUGGCAUCCACUAUCCAGAAUUAAACGGUGAACGUCACACCAGGGCAGAGUCCAUCAGUGGCUCUAGUUUGGCUUCCAUAGGACUUGAAUCAUCCCUAUUGAAUAGAACCGAGGGCACUUUGCCUGGAAGCUAUGGAGCUAAUCUUUACCUGCAAAACCGGGGAUCUGUAACCUCUAAUGGGACAGAUGAUUACCCGAAUGUUAAAUUGCCAAAUGGCAGCAGCAUGAUUCAGCCAAGCAGCAGUACUGUGUCAGAUAUGGUUGAUGGUAGGGAUUCUGGAGAUUUCCAAGAUGAUGAGAGUGGUUUGAGAUCAAGAAACACCAUAGUGCCUGCUAAUAGUAAUCAAGUUGAGGCAGAAUGGAUUGAACAAUAUGAACCUGGUGUCUACAUUACACUGGUCGCCUUGGGUGAUGGAACAAGAGAUCUGAAGCGAGUGCGAUUCAGCCGGCGAAGAUUUGGAGAGCACCAAGCAGAGACUUGGUGGUCGGAGAACCGCGAUAGGGUAUACGAAAGGUACAAUGUUCGAAGCACGGACAAGUCUUCCGGCCAAGCGGCACGUAGGACAGAGGGUGCUGGUUCACCUGUUUUAUAAUCUUAGGGAAGUAGAUGGAGGGAAGUUCUCCAUUAACACACUUUUUGUUGCAGUGAGCUUUGUAGGAAAUCAACAAAAUCAAUAUGAAGGAACCAGGCACCCUUUUUGAGUUUUAUUGUCUAUCCUUUUUCUCUCUCCAAUCUUUUUGUUCCCUCACCCUUUUUUUCUUCUUCUUAAGUUAAAUGUCUUCCAUUUUAUUUGGGCAGGUGCCCUUUACAUAUCUGUUGUAUUGUAGUGUACAUAAAAUCAUCCGUUGAGAUAACCUUCCUAUUUUCUUGGUUUUUUCCUACCCCGUUGCACCUUUUUUCUUACCUCAAUAUGUAUACCUCGGGAAUAAAAUGUAUGCGUGGUGAUAUUUGUUGUAAAUUAUUAUUUAAUUAUUACUACAGGGAGUACAGUUUGUACUCGAUGUUGCACAAUUGGUUGAACAAAAAAAAGGUUUCCCAGUUA